AUGUUCAUGACCCACGAGGCGUCCAGGCCAGCGUUGCCCUUUGACGUCGACGCUCACGGCUUCCGCAAAAUGUCGACACUUGAAAAGUUGGGACUCUCGUGCUGUGCUGCUCUGCUAGCGCUUCUGGUGAUUUAUAAAAGAGGUCCGUGGCUGCAAUGGUCAAAGCGAAAGUCGCGUCGAAUUGAACCCCAAAUUCUUCGAUUGUCACACCUUCCCCCCGAGAUCCUCGUCGAAAUCAUGAAACACAUCGAAUGGAACGAUGUUCUAUCUGUCCGAAGGUGUUGCCGUGCCCUGCACACGGUAUCAAAGGACAGGGAGGUCUGGUUGUCGCUUCUGAGAAGAUACUGCGACACUGUCAUUCCCCGACCGUUCUUCCUGUCCAAGCCGGUGGAACUGUGCUCGGGCGAUGACCUCGAGGCUCGAGUCGUCCAAUGGUGGACUGGGUGGGAGGGACUGCAGUCCACAGUCCAGACGUUCACCAUGGAUGACAGCAUUCCGGACAUUUGGGGGCCGCUCUGCCCAUUGCCGGGGGACCGGUAUUUUCUUUACAAAACAAACGACGGCUCCAUCUACUACUGCAAUCCGAGCCAGGCAGACGGCACCAUGCAUCUCCUCUUGCCCUCCCCUUAUCCCAACGACCCAUGCGUCAGCGUCAGCGUGGCAAUAGACGUUAUAGGGACUCAGAACAUCGAUCCAGAGUCAUCCUUGCCCUCCGCCUCCUCUUUCGAAAACCGACUCUUCCCCCCAGUUUUCAGGCUCGCAGCAGUUCGAAGGUCAACGGUCGAGAUCUGGGAGAUCAGGCCAGAGGUGCAAGGAGAGGCCAUUGUCUAUUCGGCCCGCCUUCUCAAGUCAUUCGUCGACAACAGCGAGACGCAAUGUUGCUCAUUGCUCGGGGACCAUGUUGCCUACACCUUGCAUCGACUCCGAGGUGGAACCAAAAUCGUCGACUGGACAGCGGUCGCCGGCGGAGGGCCUGUCUUGGGUACUGACAUAGCACUUUUACAACCCUCUUACUUCCUUCUUCUCCCCCAUCGAAGAAUCCUCGCACAGUCGACUUACAUCUACAUUGCCGACUGGAACGCAUCUCGCCAGCUCGAUUCGUCACCCACUUCCGGUAUUCGUCCGCAGUGGAAGUCCACGGAGGACUUCACACACUUCCAUUCCUAUUUUGUCCCAUUUUACAUCGACAACACCUUUCGAUUCAUUGUGCGUAGCGUGGAGCGUCCCGCUCUAAUCGGAGUCAUCGUAUCCAAUGACCCGGAUGUAGCGGUUCCGGAUAGUGUUGCCUUUGCGCAGCUUGCAGAGUGUGACCCCGCUCCACAUGACGACGACGUGUGGUUUGACUACCGCAAGGGAGUCUGCGUGUUUGAAAAGAACGAACGGGCCCGUCUCCUCUGCUACAAGUGGCCAGGUGACGACCUGCCGGAACCGUCAAUCUCCGAGGUUGCAUUCCCUAAGCACACAUACACUAUUUAUGUAGACAAAUCCUAUGCGCGCUCGCGAGUAGUUAUGUUCAUCUACAAGCGACCCCUCCAGACUGCAGUCUUUGGAUAA